CUCCCAGGCCCCUCCUCUCUCCAAGAACUGGGAAGAGCUGGUCACAAAUCCUCCUAAUCUGCCAGCGUCUCAGUCGCCAUCUCACACCAACACUGAGCCCCGGCAGCCAGGGGACCACACGCGUCCCAUCCAGCGACUGCCCAGCCGCUGCCCACUCUCCCUCACCCAUGGGGAACAGCAAAAGCGGAGCCCUGUCCAAGGAGAUCCUGGAGGAGCUGCAGCUGAACACCAAGUUCACGGAGGAGGAGCUGUGCGCCUGGUACCAGUCCUUCCUGAAGGAGUGCCCCAGCGGCCGCAUCACCCAGCAGGAGUUCCAGAGCAUCUACGCCAAGUUCUUCCCGGACGCUGACCCCAAGGCCUACGCCCAGCACGUGUUCCGAAGCUUUGAUGCCAACAGCGAUGGCACCCUGGACUUCAAGGAGUACGUCAUCGCCCUGCACAUGACCACCGCGGGCAAGCCCAACCAGAAGCUGGAGUGGGCCUUCUCCCUCUAUGACGUGGACGGCAACGGGGCCAUCAGCAAGAAUGAAGUGCUCGACAUCGUCACGGCUAUUUUCAAAAUGAUCAAUCCUGAGGAUGUGAAGCACCUCCCAGAUGACGAAAACACACCAGAAAAGCGAGCUGAGAAGAUCUGGAAUUUCUUUGGAAAGAAAGAUGAUGAUAAGCUUACAGAGGAAGAAUUCAUCGAGGGGACCCUGGCCAAUAAGGAGAUUCUGCGACUGAUCCAGUUCGAGCCUCAAAAAGUGAAGGAAAGGUUAAAGGAAAAGAAACCCUGAUGCCAACAGCUCAGCUUCGCCCACCUGUGACCGCGCAUUUGACACACACUCACAUGUACACACUCACACAGGCACACAUGCACAUGCACGCGCACACACACGCAUGCACUUACACACCCAGGGCCAGGGCAGAGGCCUGCAAAUCCUGCACAGCUCCCUGCCAAACUGAAGCAUGUUUAGCAGUCCCCUGUCUUUAGUGUCCUUCCUGUCAUACCCCGCCAGCCUCCCCUCCCUCUGCUCUGCCGACCCGUGCAUGGCCCUGUGAUAAUCCCAGGAUUAGGUCAUAGGAGCCCUAAAUGUCACCCCCAUGUAAAUAAGCUCCUUUGUGGAGUGCUGGCUAAGCAGGUUGCAAUGAAUGCAAGGGGAGCUGGGCAUGCAGCUGGCUGGUCACUCUUCAAAGGGAAAAGCAAGUGAGUCACGUCGGCUCAAAGACAAGGCUAUGUUGCAGUGGCAGGGCUAGGCUGUGCUGAGCCUGUGGUACCAAAAGGGAUGGACACGGUCCUUCUCCCACAGAGCUCACUGUCCGGAGGAAAUAAGGGACCUGGAAGGAGACGUGGGCGGCAGCUGACGUUACCAUGGGAAUGUGGAAAGCAUGUGGGAAGACAUAACAGGAGGGGCCGUCUUGUCAGGGAGGAUCCGGGAUGACUUUUCUGAUGAAGGGACAUUUA